AUGGCAAUAAUAACCACAGAUUCUGACUAUUAUGCUCACAGGUAUGAAAUCAUAAUCCCUUUCCUGGUCUCUACAAUAUAUUGUAGCAUUGGUGUCAUUGGCAAUGGCUUCAUCACAGUCAUCUAUGGGACUGAAUGGGUCAGGAGCAAAAGACUCCCCACUGGUGAGAACCUUAUGUUGAUGCUGAGUUUUUCCAGGCUCUUGCUACAGAUUUGGAUGAUGUUAGAGCUUACUUAUAAUAUAUUUUUCCCGAUCAUUUAUAACCAUAAUGCCAUUUAUAAACUAUUCAAAGCCAUCUCUGUGUUUCUGAACUACUGUAACCUCUGGUUUGCUGCUUGGCUCAAUGUUUUCUAUUGUCUUAAAAUUGUGAACUUCUCUCACCCUCUGUUCCUUAUGAUGAAGCAGAAAAUCAUAGUGCUGAUGCCUCAGCUCUUGAGUCUUUCAGUGUUGGUUUCCUUCGGCUUAAGUACCUUGUUCUCUAGAGACAUCUUCAAUGUGUAUAUGAACACUUCCAUUCCCAUCCCUUCUUCCAACUCCACAAAGAUAAAGUACUCCUUUAAGACCAAUGUACUCAGCCUGGCUUUCUUAUAUUAUAUGGGGAUCUUCACUCCUUUGUUCAUGUUCAUCAUGGCAGCCAUUCUGCUGAUCACUUCACUAAAGAGGCACACCCUGCACAUGGAAAACAGCACCACAGGCUCUAGAGACUCCAGCAUGGAGGCUCACUUGGGUGCUAUCAAAUCGACCAGCUACUCUCUCAUUCUCUACAUUAUCAAUGCACUGGCUUUAUUUAUUUCCAUGUCAAACAUCUUUGGUGCCUACAGUAUCUGGAAUAAUUUGUGCAGCAUUAUCAUGACUGUCUAUCCAGCUGGUCAGUCAGUACAUCUGAUCUUGAGAAACCCAGGGCUGAGAAGAGCCUGGAGACGGUUUCAGCACCAUGUUCAUCUUUUCCUUAAAAGGUAGAACCAGUAACUGG